UCUGUGGAGUGGAAAGCACUAUUAAACUUCUCUUAGAUAUCACAAUCCAAUUUCGAGAAAGACCAAGCUUAAUGCCAUAUCGUAAUGUAGUGAAAAUAACAAUAUCCAUUUUUUGUAGUGAUAAAAUUAUAUAAUUGAAGCCUACUUUUCAGUAUCCUACCAAAUAUUUAUACUGAUUUAUUAGUAACUAUAUGGAAAUACAUUCGGCCAAUACUUUAUAAGUUAUUUAAACCUUUAAAUAAAUAGCGUAAAGUAUAUGUAAUACAAAUUUGAAUGUAAGUUUAAAAGAAUUUUGUCGUAGAUCUAUAAUCAAUAAAGCCAUAACAUAAAGACCACUGUGGGUAUUGGAUUAUACAUGUAUUUAAAAUUUUAAAAUCAAAAGUGAAAGUACAAAUGUACUUGUAUAAAUUUGACCAUACACGUGGCUAUUUGUUUCAUCUAUUGCUAUAGAAAAUGUUACACACUCUUGACAACAUCGAUUUCUCAUGAAAAAAAAAAGAGAUCCAUCUGACGCUCUGUCAACUGAUGUUUAGCGAAAUAUUAUACACUUAAUGAGUGGCUUACCGGUCAAUAGUCAAAACUAUUGCCAGAGGUCCGAAAUAUCUAGUGUAAAUAGCUUUUACCGUUGACCGGCAAACCAUAAACUUAUUGCGUGGUUUGCCGGUCAACGGUAAAAACAUGGCAUAAAAAUCCUUUUAUCAGGCAUUGAUGUAAUUCCUUAGUCUGUGUUCAGACCCUGUGUUUUGUUCACGGGAGAUAACUCCUGAGGCUAUACAAAUUUUGUAUCAUUAUGUCCCUUUUAUUCCAAAAACAUACGAUAAUCAGAGCCAAGACUGAUGAAGUCAGAAUAUAAAAAAGAACUAUUUUUUCUAAAAAAAAAAAUAAGAUUAUCUAGUCGAUAGCCAGACUAGUUAUUCCUCAGCGAAACAUAAUGAACCAAUGUUCUCGCACAUUUCACCUAACCGAUAAAAUUCAAUUUGAGAAAGAAAAAAAGGUGUCCAAAUAUACACAGACCAAUGAAAUUUAAAUAUGUUGUAAUAAUGAAAACAUUAUAAUUAGAUUGAAUAUGAUAUAAAAUCUACCUAGCCGGAAGACAAAUUACUAUAUAGACGUUGUUUUGUACCGAAGCUUGAAAAAAACUAAUAACAAUUUUAUCUUCAUUUGAUCAACAGGUAAAAAGUUUCUAGAAUGUUAAGAAAGGUAGCAAAAUGGUGUUUAAUUCAAGAGAUUUUGCUUGUGCUGGUCGGUUUGUUACUGUGCAAACAAUGCUCACAAGUGUCCCGGAUUAUGGACACAGUUACAGAACAACUAGACGGAUAUGGACUUGAACUCAGACGACUUGUGUCAAAGCAAGAAAAGAGGCUAAGAAAAAUUAAAGGGUUAGUGAUUGAGUUACACGAGUUGUCUGGAGAUGAACUUAUGGACCCUAAAUUUACAGUUCACCAUCCUCUAAACGCUUACAGAUUUAUAAGGAACCACUCGGUUAUCUACAAUGAAACGGCUACCAAACUAAUCGAAGAGAUACGCUUGUACGAAAAAGAGCGUGAUGAAAUUGACAGAAUUGCAAGCAACAUACCGACUGUGAAUGCGAAGGACAUCGAAGAGACUAUACAUGAUCUGUUACAACUUCAGUCCACGUAUGGCUUACACACCAACGAUAUUGCAGAAGGCAUUCUUCCAGGCACAGCUGCAGAUAAAAUGACAGCGAGAGAAUGCCAGGAUGUAAUGGCGGCAGCGUAUCAGAAACGGAAAACUGACGUAGCGCGAGAAUGGCUGAAUGCUGCUCUCACGAGGGUUUCAAAUGGAGAUAGCACUACCAGUAAAACUAAGAUACUGAGUAAGGGCGCUGCAAUCACCUUUAUGGUGAAGGAUGUAAAAGUGGCUGUAAGACUAUAUAAGCAAGUAGUCAACCUGCAUCCAAGAAGCAGAUAUCAUAAAUUGAAAAUGAAAUACUACAUGAAACAACGAACAGUAACUGAGAAUUUUGACACAGUGGCAUUGACAGGAGUGGAAAAUAACGAAAUAGGAUCAAAAUACGAACGUCUUUGUCAGGGUGCUCAUGAAGACAUGAGAAAUAUGCGAAAGCCAAGUGGGAAAUUAUCCUGUGCUUACACUGACAUCAGACACCCAUUGCUGCUCUAUCGUCCGGCAAAACUCGAGGUGCUGUCCUUAAACCCUUACAUCGUAAUAUAUCAUGAUUUAUUUAGUCAAAGUUUUCUUUCCAAUCUGAUGAAGUCGGCUAAAAAGGAGCACGUAAAGACAUCAAACUUAAGGAAGGGUGAACAGCACACGUCAGAUCCAGAACGCAGUGGCAAAGGGGUAUUUGUCAUGCAGACUGCAGAAAGUGAAUACGUAUUUAAUCUUAUUGAAGCACUGACUUCGCUUAAGCAAACCUCUUACGACUAUCUCCAGAUAAAGAGCGACUUAACCGACAGUUUGAUCGCAUCUUUUAGGAUCUGUCUGACCGACGUUCAGUCAGGGGGAGACACAGUAUUUCCGGACAUUGGAGAAAUAGUGCGUCCUGAAGCUGGUAAAGUUUUAUUCUGGUACAACCCCAACAGAAGCGUACAUGACGGUGCAUUUAUGGUAGAAUGCCCAGUUUAUCUGGGAGAUAAAUGGAUUGCAACUGUGGAAAUACAACGAAAAAGACAAACCUUCAGAAUUGAUUAGUGAAUUAACUAUCUAUUAACUGGAUUCUAUCGAUUUGAUGAGCAACACUUAAUGCGGAAAAUGAAGUCAGAUGAUUCGCGAAGAGUUGGCGCACCUGCUAGGAUAAAUUCUUUUCAUGCAAUUAAGCAAUGUUUGAAUGUAGCUUUUGUCAUUAAAAUGGCACUAUAUUAGCAGUUUUGCUUGAAUAUGAAAUUGUUAAUCAUAAAUGUUCUGUAUCUCUUGGGCAUUGGUUUGAAAUACAUGACGGUCAACGUUAUAAAGCACGAAACAGCAACACAAAAGACGGUAAUGAAUACUGUAGAAACUUAAAAGGAUGACCAAGAUAAUACCAUGUAUACUGAACACAAUACUCUAAUUGAAUGACUUGCAGUUUUAAGUUUGUAGUAAAAACUGAAAAUAUAAAACAGUAAA